AUGUCUUACAAUGUAGGUGCCGUUGUUGUUUCUACCACUUAUGGAGACGUAAGGGGGUCAGAGGUCACCACCUCCUCUGUCGUCAGAGACGCCGUCUUUGACCGAGUCUUCACCUUCAAAGGGAUUCCUUACGCCGCCCCACCUGUAGGCGACCUCAGAUGGCGCCCCCCACAGGACCCGAGCAGUUGGACAGGCGUCCGGGAUGCCACCGACUUCGGAAGCAGGUGUCUCCAAAUGAUGGACAUGGGAGGGAGGGAAAUGGACCCGAUUAUGAAGGAGCUUUUUCUCUGGCGAAGCGAGUCCAGCAGCGAGGACUGUUUGUUUCUGAACGUGUACACGUCCAGCGUUUCUCCUACCUCCAACUUACCUGUGAUGGUGUGGAUCCACGGCGGCGGGAUGAUAGCAGGCAGCGCCGACUCGUACCCGGCAGAGAUCCCCACAGCUCUGCAGAACGUCGUCAUGGUUACCGUCAACUAUCGCCUUGGCAACCUGGGUUUUCUGCCGACACUGGACCAGGAUGCACCGGGCAACUUCGGGCUACUCGAUGUGAUGAAAGCUCUCCAGUGGGUACAAGCGAACAUCAGGAGCUUCGGAGGAGAUCCCGACAGGGUGACCAUAUUUGGAGAAUCGGGCGGAGGCUGGGCCGUGUCCCUGCUGGUCGCGUCGCCCAUGGCAACGGGCCUGUUCCAUCGAGCGGUGUCUCAGAGCGGCGUGGCGGGAAUACCUGUCACACGGAGGGGUGACGUCAGACGGGCUGAGAGCUUUGCUCGUCGGUCGGACUGCCCCACAACACCAUACGAAGAGAUGAUGAGCUGUCUGAGAAGACAACCCGGCGAAUCCCUUGCUGUGAUGAUGACCGGGGACUUUGCUGUCCUGCCGGGGAACGCGACUGCAGUAUUUGGUGGCGACUUUCUCCCAGAGAGUCCAUGGGAUCUGAUGAGCAAGAAACAGGUUAAUAGGGUGGACUACCUACUGGGAAUGAACAGCUUUGAGUUCGGAAAUACGAUGGUGGACGGGCUAGGGAAGACAUUUAUCGAUGCAGACGGGAUGACCAGGACUGAAUUCGAAGAGCAUCUACUAACCGACAUACAAUGGUUCACAGAUCAGUUUCUGGACAGUGAUGUCAACGCGAUUGUGCAGCCAGUGAUUGACCAGUACCUGGACUCAGUCAGUCCAGACGACCCGAUCGCCACCCGUGACCAGUACAUCCAGCUCCUGAUCGACCUGUGGUUCACCGCGCCCACUGUCCUCAUGGCCCGGGCAGCGGCAGCUCAUCCAGUCGGAGUGUACCUUUACGAGUUGCAGCACCGCACGUCGUACUUCUCCACGACGAGACCGUCCCGCGUCCAAGCCGACCACGCCGACGAUCUGUACUACCUGUUCGGCGUCCCUUUGAUGCCGGGCGACACGGCAGACACGUGGAAGUACAACUUCACUCAGGAGGAACGCGAGCUCAGUCUGGACAUGAUGGCUUACUGGGUCAACUUUGCCGCUAACGGGGACCCCAAUGACUCAACGGGAGCAGCACGCAUGCGCGACACCGUGAACUGGCCACGUCACUCUACGUCAUCGCAAGAGUACCUGAAGUUGGACGUGACGUCAUCCGCUGACGUCAGGCUGCGAGAGACCCGGGCGAAGUUCUGGACCGAGGAGGUUCCGAGGUUGUUGAGGAAGAAGGCUAAAAUCACCGGGUCCGACGAGCUCUGAUGACACAUGCUAGCUAUUAGGCCACACUGAUUUA